AUGCCAUAGUUACAUUGGCUGGUGGUCACGAUUUCGGUGUCAUUGCUGCCAUUUGUGAUGUGAUUAUGUUGACUGGUGGUCACGAUUUUAGUAUCGUUGUUGCUGUUUGUAGGUUUCUUGCAUUUACUGAUACCUUACCUUCAUUGUUGAUGCCAUGCUAUGUUGGCUGGUGA